AUGACCCAUCAGCUACCGGCCCAACCCCGGACCGCCAGGCCACCAGCCCAUGCCCCCGACCGCCAGGCCACCGGCCCAACCCCCAACCGCCGGCCCAACCCCCAACCGCCAGGCCACCAGGCCAAGCCCCCGACCGCCAGGCCACCAGCCCAAGCCCCCGACCGCCAGGCCACCGGCCCAACCCCCGACCGCCAGGCCACCGGCCCAACCCCCGACCACCAGGCCACCAGGCCAAGCCCCCGACCGCCAGGCCACCAGGCCAAGCCCCCGACCGCCAGGCCACCAGGCCAAGCCCCCGACCGCCAGGCCACCAGGCCAAGCCCCCGACCGCCAGGCCACCAGGCCACCAGGCCAAGCCGCCGACCGCCAGGCCACCAGACCAAGCCCCCGACCGCCAGGCCACCAGGCCAAGCCCCCGACCGCCAGGCCACCAGACCAAGCCCCCGACCGCCAGGCCACCAGGCCAAGCCCCCGACCGCCAGGCCACCAGCCCAACCCCCCAAACGCCAGGCCACCAGCCCUCCAAGACCAGUUCAGAUGCAGGAGGGGUUCACCAACACAGCUGAUAUAACCUAG